CUACAAACUCGUAGACCAUUGUCGGAAUCUCUUGCAAUAAAACCAAGUCUCUAAUAACGAGGCAUAGCUCCCUUAAAGUAGUCAGGCCUGCCACCUGUUGACUUUAGGCGCGUUUGAUAAUUUGUGCCUUUGCACGCUGCUGUUGGCCGUUGACGUGUCCAGGGAUCGGAGGAUCUGCAAGGGCUAUUUGAGCCGCAAUUGGGUGGCUGAAGAUGUUGAAUAGGGAUGGCAGGUACGUAUGAUGGCAUCUGUGGAACCAUGAAACAUAGUUUGCUCUUUGGUCCCACGGUUUGUGACGGGUAUAUAGAUGCGCGAUCUACUCGCUCGUGUUUCUCACAUUUCGCUCACAUCAAACACGUUCAAAACGAAACGUCUAGUUUACAGAGGAACAACCCACCCCCCAGCUUUUCGACACCUAGUAAACAGAUUAAUCGCCAAUACCCAGAAUGUGGAUCUCGACAUUGAGCGUAUUUGCGGUGGCUGGUGCUUCGUUGUGCGCAGCUCUGCCGACAGAGCUCACGAACUUCCUCCUCGUCACAACCUCACAGCUUAACCCGAGCGCAAAUUCUUCAGAAUUGAAGGCUGUCUCCGCGACUUCGCUAUUCGAUCCCUUCAAUCAACCAGCUCUCCUCCUUCGCUUAACAGGGCCGGGCUACGGUUCACUUCCAAACUUCACCUUGACUUCGGGGACGCUUUCGACUAUAGCCUCAGCGCCUUUCGGCGGUGCUAAAUAUCGCUACAACAGUACCGUAGUGGCGGCCGGGAAAGAGCUACAGUUCCUAGCUUCGGAGCAACCGGCAGGGAACCUGGCGUUGGACGAGGGGUAUUUGUUGACCGUGAACGGCUCGAGAGAAGGGUGGACGAUUUGUGAGGGCGCGUUGAGUAAUGAUGUCUUGAGUUGGAAAGGGAAUGGGACGACAUGCGAGAAGACGUAUGUGCAUGCUGUUACUAAGGCACCUUAUUGAGGGCUAGGAUCAAACAACAGGAAACUGAGAACUCCAAGUAAGGGAUGGGAAUGAACGCUUGUUGAGCUAGUAUCGCUUCAGAUACCUUCCCACGGCCAUAUCUCCCCUUGAUUUGACCAGUCUAUAGUGAUGCAAUUUACAGUAGUGACUGCGCUCUUGUCUUUCGUAAGGUUCAUGUCCGCAUAUUUAAUGUAUAGAAAGAGACCGUAUCGACUAGCGAUCCGAUGGUUGUAUUGAUUGAUACGGAGUUGAAAUGAUAAGAGAA